CUCGUAAUACAUCGAUAUAUUACACAAUCAUAUCUAUGAUUUCCCGCCACUAUGAAUAACCACUUAUCAAAUCAAGUGAUUUUUUUGUUAGUUAGUUUAAGAAAACUUAUCGGAUCGAAAGGUGGUAUGCGGAUUCUGCGGCGCGUUCUUUGAAUCCCCCUUUCGCAAAUUCGUAAAAACCGCGCGCUGUUCGCAACUUCCGUUCGCGCAAAACCCCUUCUAACUGGCCAGGCAACAGGAUCUGCGGCCAGGCGCUUCCAAUUCCCGCAACCUAACCCAAAAGCCAGGCGAUUGUGCAAUCGCAAGUGUCUACUGGCUAUAUAAUCCGGUACCUGUAACCUGUACAAUGAUCCGGAUCCGAUUUGGAAUGGAUGUGCUGCUGGUCUUACUACUUGCCACAUGCCUGCUCUCCCCUGCCCAUGGAACGCCACUGGAGUGGGACUUUGCCGUCACGCUGAGGACGAAGAUCCAGUUCAUGGACAGUUCCUGGCAGACGAUAGCCACCGCUGCCCACGAGUUUGACGAGCUGUCCGCUAUAACCUUUGAUGAGUCGGAGGAGCUGAUCUACUUCAAUGACAUGAGGCACCAGAAUGGCAGCAUAUUCUCCCUCAAAAGGGAUCUCGUAGCUGCCAACCACGUGGUGGAGCAAAGGAUCGCACGCACCGGAAACGAGUCAGUGGGAGGACUAGCCUACGACCCACUGACAAUGAACCUCUUCUGGUCGGACAUCGAGCAAAGAAAGAUCUUCUUCGCCCCCAUUGACGGCUCCGCAGCGCCCAAGGUUCUGGUGGACUUAAGCGCCGAGGGUGGUCGACCAGAUGGCGUGGCCGUGGAUGUGUGCCGCCGCAAGCUGUACUGGACGAACUCGAACGUCACGCAUCCCACCGUGGAAAGGAUCAAUCUGGAUGGCAACAAUAGAACUGUGAUCAUCAACUCCACCAUUGAUAUGCCGAGGGGCAUCGUGGUGGAUCAGCUGUCGGAUCGCCUCUUUUGGAUUGACGACCUGAAGGGCGUGUUCUUUGCCAUAGAGAGCUCCAAGCUGGACGGUUCCGAUCGGUUGGUGGUGCUGAAGGACAAGCAUCACGAGCCCCUGAACCUGGCCGUGACCAACGAUGCGAUCUACUGGACGGAUCGUACUACCAGGUCCGUCUGGAGUCACCCGAAAGUGCCGGUGAUUAGGGUUACCACCACUAGCAAGCCAGUGGAGGAGGAUUCCACAGAUUCCACGGACUUUAAGGACCCGGAGCCGGUGAACGAGGACUGUCCGCUGGUGCGCGUUGCCAAUCUCAGCGAGGAGGUGCGAGGAAUUGUGGUCCGCACCGGUUUCUACCAGAGACUCCAGAAGGACCACCACUGCGCCAGCAUUGUGCGCAAGGUGAAGGAGCGCGUGGAUGCCCAAAACACGAAGUUCGAAGUACGGUCACUGCAGGACCAGAAGAUGAAAAUACUCCAAGACGAGCGAUGCAUGAACCACGGCGAAUACAAGCCUGCCACGGAUCUGUGCAUCUGCCCGACAGGCUUCAAGGGAUCCCGCUGCGAGAUCCGCGAGUGCCACAACUACUGCGUCCACGGCACAUGCCAAAUGUCGGAGUCGGCCUACCCCAAGUGCUACUGCCAGCCGGGAUUCACGGGCGAGCGCUGUGAGGUAAGCGUGUGCGCUGGACUGUGCCUUAAUGGUGGUCACUGUCGGGCGUCCAAGGACGAGAAGGAAGCGCCCAGCUGCGAGUGUCCCGCCAAGUUUGGAGGAGCUCGAUGCGAGCAGAACUCCACAGAAAUCUGCACCCUUUUCUGCCGUCUGUUGAAACACGAGCCGGAGAUGUAUGUGCCCUUCGGCUGUCACAGCAUCUGUGAGGAACUGGCUCAAGACAAUAGCACCAACAUUGCUGUACCGCAGUACCAGCAUUUGGAGGUGUGCCUUACGCCCAAAGUGUGGACAAGCAGCGUGAUCAUCAUCCUUGUCAUUGGCAUCGUGUCUAGCCUGCUGCUAGUGGCUGUGAUCGUUCACGGAAUACGUCGCCUGUACAAACCCAAGCGCCCACGCAUCAGGAAGACCUUUGUUGUUCGGAAGCAGGCCCGAACCAACUCGGCAGGAGAUACUCCGCUUACCAACCGCCCACUGGCCACCGAGCAGUGUGAGAUCACGAUAGAGAACUGCUGCAACAUGAACAUCUGCGAAACUCCCUGUUUCGACCCCAAGCUGGUGGAGCAGACGCUGUCCAAGUCCAGCUGCAAGGAGGACAAGAAGAUACUCAUCCACAACAUGGAGGAUGACCUGUACUAGAGCGCGGCAGACGGACAACAACCUGCCCCUCAAAACUGAACCUUGUGAUAGUCGCCGUCGUCGAGUGCGGAUUUGGUGUAUUCGAGCUUGAAAAGCUGCUGCCCGCCCGACCCUCGACCCCGUUAGCCGCCAAGGUGCUCACCCAGGCAAUCAGCAACUAGCAACCAACCAGCAACAUGCACAGCAAAAGCAGCCUACAACUUAACACUCGCCUGGGACACUUAACACUCGCCAAACCAAACCAUUUACUUAAGCCGAAGAAACAUUUUUACUUAGCGAUCUUGGGAGCGUGCUUCGGUCUCGUUAAUUUAUUCGUAGGAUCAUUUUACGCCAGAAUUAGGAUCUUAGCUCAAAGCUUCAUCAUAAUUUUUACACCAUUUUUGGAUUUUGUAAUUUUUACUCGGUUUUUACUUUGAAUUCGUCACGUUGAAAUGAAAGCAAGUCGCGCGACUGACAUUAGGUUUUAAAACGGAUUACGCACGGACACCAAGAGCCUGUAGAUCUUAAGCGGUCACAAGAGCUUGUGAUUGCGAUCAUUACACCCUUAGCUGUUGUAAUUAACUCUUUCAAGUGCGUCAUUGUUCAAGUUCCUGUUUCCCCAUGUUGUGCAAUUUUGAUACUAGAGCAUCGAAAUCUCUUGCCUUAUCGGAUGAUUAAUUUCCAGAGCCAUAUCUAAAUGUGCACUUAGUAAAUUCAGGAAAAUCGAACCAAAAACAGUGGGGAAAACUCUCACAGAAAGACCGAGAGUUGUAUAUAUUAAUGCAUAGUUUAAUUUUAGUCGUAGUCCUUAAGCAAAAGGUUGAAUAAAAAGAAACUACAUGCAGUUGU